UUAGCAUAGACACCCGAGACAACAAGGGGGAGACACCACUGCUCCUCGCGUGCCGGAUGCUUGCCAUGCUGCCUCGCGCGGGUAAGAGGGAUGCGGUGUCACGCCGCGUCGUACGCAUCGCGACGACGCUCGUUGAACAGCAUGCAGACGUGAACGUAGUGAUGGAUGGCUGCUCACCGCUUACUUACGCAUGCCAGGCUUUGCAAUGGCCGCUGAUUGAACUCCUGCUCCUUCACGGUGCCCGUCUCCCUUCCCGACAGCCAUCGGGGUUAUUCGACGGCCUAUCUUCCCGGUCGGACUCCUCGCGCUUCGCAGCACUCGUGAAGAAGAUAGGCCCUGUCCCAUCCCGCCCGCCCCGCCCUUGUCCAUGUUGGUCGGGGAAACCUCUCAGCAAAUGCCAUGCCGCCGACCAACACCUCUACCCAGCCCAUUUCUUCUGCCCGUGCGGCUCGCGCAAGUCGUAUGGAUAUUGCUGCUCGCGGCGUGAGUUCCAGACGUACGAGGCGUGGCACACGGGGCUGGAACGUAUAGAGAUACGCACCGAGCGCCCAUCGCUCGACCUCCCGGCGGUGCGCGUGCUGGCGCAGAUACCCAAUGCAAAGGAGCUCUCUGGAAUGAUGUACAACUUCGAUGGGUUUAUGAACCUACCACCUGGAUAUCAAGAACAGAACAAGCGCAUGCGCUGCGCGAUGGCGGACAGACUCCUUGCCUUGCGCGCGGUAGAUCCUGGAUAUGCAUAUGCCAUGAAGGAAGUAGAUUUUAUACCGCAGUGAGUGGUGGUGCAUGACCAUUGUUGACGAGGGUCAAAUCGAGCCAUUCAUUUCUGUUUUAGGUAUUGGGGCAAGAGUUUCAGCAAAGUAGAAUCCGGCGGUCGAGCCAGAGAGUGGAAUGAUGCCAUAGACGGCU